AUGACAUCAGAAUAUUAUUUUUAUGAUCAAUUUUCCCAAGGAUCUCAUAUCGGUGGUGUUCAUCGAUCUAGACGAGAUUUUAAAGAUUUAAAUCAAGCUUUGUAUCAAUCGAGAAUAGCUUCAGCUGUCGAAGAUUAUGAGACAAAUAAAUCAGAAAUUCUAACACCUAAUGCACUUAAAAAACAAACUAGUAAUAUAGUAGAUCCACCAAUUAUACCCGAAUUAUUAACUAAAGAAUUAGAUACAUAUUUAAAUAUAUUUAAUAAUAAAUCAAAAAAAAAUUCAAUAUCGAAUUCAUCAAAAUUAAUAAAAGACAAUGAAUUAAACAAUUCAACAUCAAUUCUACCAAAAAUAUCUUUACCUAGUUCAUUAAUUGUUGGUUUACAUUCAACAUGGUCUGAUUUAAUUAAAAAUACCGAAUAUAAAUAUAAAACAUGGCGAACUAAAACAGGUGAAGAUCAUUGGCAUCAAUAUAUUAAACAGAAAAAUUCCGAACAAAUCAAAUCUGAAAAACAACAAGAUAAUAAAACAAUAAUUCAUCGUCGAAGAAAUUCACAUGUAAGUAUUCAAUCAGGAAUAAAAAAUACCCAAAUAAAUGCAAAUCAAUCAUCUUUGGUUAAUACAACUGAUCCAAUACAUGAUCAUCAACGUUCAUUAAAAACAACUCAUCAAAGUACUUCAGAACAUGGAGUAGAAACAAUUAAACAUGGUAUACAUGUUGAAUUUCGAUUAUCAACACAACUUCUUAAACAAGUACAGAAAAUACAAAUACAUGAACAAAAAUUUGUUCUAUUCGAUGUACCAAAACAAGGAACUGAUUUUGAUCAAGAAUUAAUAAAUUUAACACAAAAUAAAUGUAAACGUUUAUUAGCGGAAACAAAACAAAAAAUACUUGCAACAAAUAACCAAAUUGAUAUUAAACAUCCAAAAAUUUGUCAAGUUUGGUUUUAUGAUGAUAAUCCAUUAAAUCGAAAUAAAAAUAAUUUAUUAUUAAUAAAUGAAUUUAGUCGACGACAAAAAUCGAAAUUUAUACUCUCAGUUUUACGACAUGAAAUUCCACAAAAAUAUAAUAUUAAUAUUGAUAUACCUGAAACGAAACGUAAAUGUUACAUUGAAUUAAUAGAUGGCUCAACUCAAAUAUAUUAUCCAUCUGGCCGUUUGGCUGUUUUACGACUUCGAUCGCCAUUCUCAACAACGCUCUUUUACGAUGAUACUGGAAUAACAGCAAAACAAUUUCUUGGUCUUGUUACAUCAACUGGUAAUAUCGUUAUAAUGCAGCCAACAUUUCAUGCUCGUUUUAUAACAAAUAAUCAACAUGAAUCAGCUUAUUUAUGUAAUGGAAAAACAGGUGUUAUUGAAAAACAAUUUCAAUCACAUUUCAAAACUAAAGGUCGAAGACAAUCAAUUCCUAUUGAUGAAAAUGAUACGAAUUUGACACUACUUGAAAAUACAGUUCAAAUCCAAUUAAAUUCAUUUAUGCAACUUGAAUAUAAUAAUCCAACGAAUAUACGUUUUGCAUUUACAUGUCAUAAUGAAGAAUUUAAAUUUCAAUUAGGAGCUCAAAUAUCAACAACACCAACACCGACAUUAUCAGAUACACCAACACCCAUACCUACAACAAAAAAAUUCUUAGGAGAUAAUAAAAGUCAAAGAAAAAGAACAAUUUCAACAAAUACAAAUAUUUCCGAGAAACAUCAACAAGGACAUUCUCAAAAACAAAUUGAUGAACAACUUGAUACACGUUAUUUAUUAUUUAUGAAAGAAUUAAAUCUAUUAAAAGAACGUUUUAAAAACAUUUGCGAUACUUGGCUUAAAGAAUAUCGAACAGUAUUAGGUAUUAUGGAUAUUGAUGCUUAUUGUUUUUCUGAUAUUUCAUCAACAGUAUCACAACCUAUCGAUGAUAUAAAUCAAAAUCAAAAUGUUAAACAAUUUGAACAUGUACCAAUAUUAACAAAACGAACUACAUUUAAUAUAGAACCUAUGAAAAAUUCAGCAAAAACAUCCGAAGUGAAUAUUAUAACAAAUUCAAUUGAACAAUUCAUACCUCAUUCUGAUGUUGGUCGAGCAAUAAAACAACGGAUUUAUUCUGAGAAAAAAAUUCUAACAAAUAUUUUACCAGCUAUUAAAUAA